UAUGUAAAAUUACUUGAGAGUCCCGUUAAUGACGUGGAGCUUCAUGCUUAGCCUAAUUGCCAAGUUUCAAACCCAAUUAGCCGUUUGGAACAUGCAUAACGACGCGUUUCAAAAGGCUUGACGGAAGCGUUACAUUUCGUAACGAUACGGUCACGGCAAACAUACACCGUCUAGAUUUAUAACGCAAAGGCCAAACGAUCCGUCACCAGAGCUUAACGUCGUCUAAUCCUCACUUCUCCCUCUCUGUCCUUCUCUGGUUGGAAACCCUAACCCUAACCCUAGUCUUAACCUUAGCUUUAAUCCCUCUGUCAUGGCAUCAUGCAAUGACGACUUCCCUCUAAUUGAAGAUGAUGGCCCCCACCACGCGCUCACACACCACCACCAUCAUCAUCACCAGCAGCAGCAGCACCAGGUGUUUCCCAGUGCCAGCACCGAGAAAGUCUCCGGCGCCGGAGAUUCCGACGCCGACGCCGAUUCCGGAGGCGCCGCUUUCUACUCUCAGGCCCACGACGUCAACCCCUUUGCCGUUGUCGCUGCCGCCGAGGAGUCCGAUCCGGCCAAGUCCGGUGCCUCAACUCCGAAUGGUAAGCGGAAUCCUUACUACUACAAGAAAUUAAAGCCCAGCGGUGCCUCUGAGUCCGGCAGCGGGGAGUACCGAGUGGAUUACCGGAAAGACCGGGAGGAGUGGAGCGACUCAGCCAUUUCGUGUCUCCUGGAGGCCUAUACGGAGAAGUUUACGCAGCUGAAUCGGGGGAAUCUUCGGGGUAGGGAUUGGGAGGAGGUUGCAGAGAUUGUUAGUGAGAGGUGUGAUAAGCAAAAAUCAUGUAAGAGUGUGGAACAAUGCAAAAACAAGAUCGAUAACUUAAAGAAGAGGUACAAGGUAGAAUUGCAGAGGAUGAAUAGUGGGGGUUUGCCGGUGAGUCACUGGCAUUGGUUCAAGAAGAUUGAGGCCAUUGUUGGGAAUUCUCCAUCGUUUAAGACUGGUUCAGAUGAGGAUAGGUCUGGUGGAGCUUCGUCUUAUAUGCUCAGGCAAUCAAAGAGAUAUGCACCUAGCACUGUUACUUUUGCAAACAACAUGAAACCCAAAACAUUGUCAAAUCCAAAAUGGCGGAGGGUGGUGUUUAAAAUUAGUGGUGCUGCGUUAGCUGGAAACUGUCAGAACAUUGAUCCCAAGGUGGCAAUGCAGAUUGCUAGGGAGGUGACAACAGCUUGCCGCCUUGGUGUCGAGGUGUUGCUUGUGGCAAUUGUUGUUGGAGGUCGUAACUUCUUUUGUGGGGACUCAUGGGUAUCUGCUACUGGUCUAGAUAGACCUACAGCAUACCAAAUUGGCAUGAUGGCAACUGUUAUGAACUCCAUAUUGCUUCAAUCAGCUUUAGAGAAGUUAGGUGUUCAGACGCGUGUGCAAAGUGCAUUUCCAACACCAGAGGUUGCAGAACCAUAUAGCAGGCAACGGGCCAUUAGGCAUCUUGAGAAAGGAAGAGUAGUCAUAUUUGGCGGCAUUGGUGCAGGCACUGGAAAUCCUCUCUUCACCACUGAUACAGCAGCAGCUCUGAGAGCUUCUGAGAUUAAUGCGGAUGCAGUCCUUAAAGGUACAAAUGUAAACGGAAUCUAUGAUUGCCAUUCUGCUAAUGACAAUGUGGUGCUGGAUCACCUCUCCUUCAGAGAGGUGGCUUCGAGAGGCAUUUCCUCCAUGGACAUGAUGGCAAUAACAUAUUGUGAAGAGAAUGGAAUUCCUGUUGUGAUCUUUAACCUGCUUGAGCCGGGGAACAUUUCAAGAGCCUUAUGUGGAGACCAAGUUGGCACCUUGAUGGAUCAAGCAGGAAGAAUUAGUUGAUGCAUAUAGAUAUGGCCUCUGGUGGAUCGAUGCAUGCUUUCAUACGCAUAUUCUCCUCCCUUUUUUCUAUGUAUAUUCCUCUUUCUAGGUAGUUGUGGUCUUUAACCCCUUCUACCUGAGAUGCUGCAACUGUUACAUGGAGUCAGAAGUUGGAACUUUGAUUGAUCAAUUGAGAAGGAGAAGUUCGUGAAUAUGGAACCUUACCCGAUUUGUUGUUUCUAUUUUAUUCCAUGGAAACACCAUCAGUCUGCUCUCCAAACUUCAAUCACAAGACAAGCAGCAAAAAAAUAUCAGCAAGGGAGUGCAUUUGAUUUAGAGGUGCCUGUUAUAGACAGAGAAUGUGGAAGGUUCUCUUAUGUAUGUUCUUCCAAUUUGACAUGUACUGUUAAUACAUGGCUAAUAAAUGCUUCAAUUGUUGUUGUAAAUGAAGCUUCUUGUUCAUAGAUACUAGAACCUCAUUUUAUUUCCUCCCCCUCUUGUUUCUCUACAUUUCUGUACAUUUUGGACUUGUAUUUUUUCAGGUCAUAAUAUUGUAUACUAUAAUUUUAGAUCA